AUGCAGACUAUCCCAGGAUUAUCAAAUGAUUGUACUAUCAACUUAAAGGAAGUUGCUUACGAUAAACCAGCCAAUCAAAGUUCAGUCUACAGCGGGUGUUCUGCAUCAAGAGCUGUUGAUGGAAAUGUGAACACAUAUAUGCACACAAACAUAGAGCAAUCGCCUUAUUGGAUUGUUGACUUGGACAAAACUUAUCAAAUAAAGCGGAUUGAAAUCUUCAACAGAAAUCGAGGAUCGAAAACAACAGGAGAACGUCUUCGUGAUUUGGACAUUAUUAUUGGCCCAUCACAUAAUGAAACGCAUAUAUGUGCCCAUUAUGUUGGACCGGCACAACUCGGAGCAAAUCUUUGUUUUAAAUGCGGACAUGUCGAAAAUGCACGUUAUGUAAAACUGAGAUUGACUGGAACAAACUACUUGCAUGUUGCAGAGGUAAAAGUUUAUGCAAUGAAUGACAGUUCUACUUAA